UGUUAUAUACAUACACACAUCUUACUUUAAAUACAGGUAUCCAAAUGUGCAGGCAAAAAUGCAAGAAGAAGUGGACAGGAUUGUUGGAAGAGACCGCCUGCCAUGUGCCGAAGAUCAGCCUCACCUGCCCUACAUCACGGCUUUCUUGUACGAAUCCAUGCGUUUCAGCAGCUUCGUGCCUGUCACUAUCCCACAUGCCACCACAACCAACACCUUCAUAAUGGGCUACCUCAUCCCCAAGGACACGGUGAUAUUCGUUAAUCAGUGGUCAGUAAAUCACGACCCAGCAAAAUGGUCCAACCCAGAGGAUUUUGAUCCAACAAGGUUUCUGGAUGAGAAUGGAUUCAUUAAUAAAGAUCUUACGAGUAGCGUAAUGAUUUUCUCACUGGGAAAGCGUCGGUGUAUUGGAGAGGAGUUAUCCAAGGUGCAGCUCUUUCUCUUUACCUCCAUACUGGUGCAUCAGUGCAAUUUUACUGCCAAUCCAAAUGAGGACCCUAAAAUGGACUUUACCUAUGGGCUGACCAUUAAACCUAAGCCAUUUACCUUGAAUGUUACACUUAGAGAUACUAUGGAUUUGCUUGAUCAGGCUGUCCAAAGACUGCAAGCAGAGAAAGCAGUCAAUGAAAAUCAGCUCUCAGCAAAUGCCUAA